CACCCACACUUCACUUCCUAGUGCCCCACACACCACUAAACUAGACAACAUGACCACCAGGAUUGUAAUAUUCAUCAGCGCAGUGGCGGUUGCGGCGGCGAGCGUCGUGCCCGCGGUGCCCUUAGCGCGGGUGGACCCCUUCCCUCAGUAUUCUUACGGCUACGACGUCCAGGACGCCCUAACGGGGGACUACAAGGGCCACCAGGAACAACGCAACGGAGACUUGGUCACCGGAUCCUAUACUGUUGUAGACCCUGACGGUACCAGAAGAAUUGUUGACUACGCCGCCGAUCCUAUCAAUGGCUUCAACGCCGUCGUCCGCAGGGAGCCCCUCGUCGUCCCUGCCAGAGUCGUCGCCCCUGCUCCCGCGCCCCUCUUCGCCCCCGCCCCCGCACCCCUCCUCGCCCCCGCCCCCGCGCCGGUGUACCCCAGGGCGCCGGUGUACCCCAGGGCGCCGCUGUACGCCCCGGCCCCUGCGCCCUUCCUAGGGCCCCGACCAUACUAUCUAUAGAUGAAUUAUUACAAUUUUGUUGUGUUAUAGUUAAUGUACCUUAAGU